AUUGGUUUACUUCAGUUUACGGCAUAAGAAAGAGAGAUGGUGCGGUAAGGACCGACAGCCGCCCCUCCCCAGUAUUCUUUACGGCGGACUCACGGCAACCGGUUAGCGGAGAAGCUGGCAGCGGGGAUCUGGAAGCGGCUUUUCCCGGCGCGAGGCGGCGGAGGGCGGCGACCGGCGUACGGCCUAGGGCUUCUGGUGGACAUUAGUAGGGGGGGUCCCAAAGCCACCGCCAUGGGCAUGGAGUGCUGCCGCGGAGCCAACCCCUUCCGCCUCUGCUCUGGGCUCAAGGUCCUCGGCUACUUCAUGAUCCUCCUCGUCGCCUCCAUCAUCGCCGUCUCCUACUGCGCCGUCAUCGUCAUCGCCUGGGGCCCGCGCCUCUUCGUUGGCGGCCUCGUCUCCGUCCUCGCCCUCGCCAUCGUCAUCGUCUUCCAUCUCCUGCUUGCUUUGUUAAUAUGGAGUUAUUUUAUGGUAGUUUUUGUUGACCCGGGUUCUGUUCCUCUAAAUUGGAGACCAACACUUGAAGAAGAGAACUUAGAAAUUGGAAGUUCCGUGACAUUAUCUGAUUAUGUUGCUCCUGAGACCAGGGCUUCUGCAUGGCCCAGUUCAGAGGGGUUGGAAAGAAGACCAACUAUAGGCUACUGCAGUCGCUGUCACAAUAGCAAACCUCCACGUUGCCAUCACUGUUCUGUUUGUCAAAGAUGCGUCCUGAAGAUGGAUCAUCAUUGUGUAUGGGUUGUCAACUGUGUUGGAGCACGCAACUAUAAAUGUUUUCUUCUUUUUCUGGAGUUUUGUAGGUUCAAGUGUCGGGCACUUGAAGAUACCUGGACACUUUGGCACCCUUGGCCAACUGUCUGCCUCUAUACUUUCCUCGAGACGGUUUUAGAUGCUGUUGCAUUACUUCCACGUUUUGUCAAGUUCUUUGGUGAUGCAAGGAAUCAUAAUAGCUCCCCUGGCAAGCUUGCUCUUACAUUUCUUGCUUUUGUUCUGAAUCUAGCUUUUGCACUGAGCCUUCUCUGUUUUGUGGUCAUGCACACAUCUCUUGUUUUGAGCAAUACCACGACAAUAGAGGUUCACGAGAAGAAGAAAGGAGCUGUAUGGAAAUAUGACUUAGGAAAGAGGAGAAAUUUCGAACAGGUUUUUGGCACUAAAAAAUUGCUCUGGUUUCUGCCAUUGUACUCACAAGAGGAUUUAGAAAAGAUGCCUGCACUUCAAGGCCUAGAUUUCCCAACCCGUCCAGAUGUUGAAACGUAAAGAAUGGUAGAUCUAACAUUGCUUCCGUGCCUGAACUGGUCAUUAACGAGCUAUUCAUUGUGUGGCUAAUUAGUUUAUGUAUAGUUUUCAUCUCGUGUAUUAAUUUUCUCAAUUUUGUUUUGAUAAGAUCAUCUGUUCGGAUGACUGGGAAAUUGUAAAUGUUGGUUCUCCUGUGAGUCUUCUGCGUGCUAAGAAAACAAUAUGCAGUAACAAGUGAAAGAACGAUUAACCUCGUCUAUUUUCACAAAGAAAUUCAUUCUAGGAUUUCUUUAUCAUCUUGGACUGAGGUUGUCAUUUAUCUAUCUUAAGUUGCUCAUAAAUAAAAGAAGUGUUCAGCUCCUAUCAAAAAAAAAAAA